CGCAGCAGCAGGUCGGUUUCCACGGCAACGGCUGACAACAGGAAGAUGGUCCACAUCACAGAGGACAUGGUCCGCCGGCGGUCCGAGCACAACGAGUGUGAGAUCUUCUCCCUGGAGGAGCUUUCUCUGCAUCAGCAGGACAUCGAGAGGGUGGAGCACAUCGACAGGUGGUGCAGAGACCUGAAGAUCCUCUACCUGCAGAGCAACCUCAUCCCACGGAUCGAGAACGUCGGCCGCCUGAAGAAGCUGGAGUAUUUGAAUCUGGCCUUGAACAACAUUGAAGUCAUUGAAAACCUUGAAGGCUGUGAGAGCCUCCAGAAGUUGGACCUGACGGUGAACUUCGUUGGCCGUCUGAGCAGCGUUGAGUCUCUGCAGCUCAACGUCCUCCUCACAGAGCUCUUCCUGGUGGGGAACCCCUGCUCACAGUUUGAUGGAUACCGACAGUACGUGGUGGCCGCGCUGCCACAACUCAAGUGGCUGGACGGGACGGAGAUCAGCCGCUCGGAGAGGAUUCGGGCCUCUCAUGGACUGGAGGAGGUGAGGAGGCGAGUGAGGGAGCAGGAGGAGGAGUACCUGAAGAGGAGAGCCACGGAGAGGGAGGAGGCGCUGAGGGAGAAAGGAGGCGAGGAGAGGAAACCAGGCUUCGAUGGCCGCUGGUACACUGACAUCAACAACACCACCCCAGCAGCUUCGGUGGAGAACAAGGAGAACCAGGAGAUGGAGGAGAACCUGGAGAACCCCGACCUGGAAGAGGAGCGUCGGGAGAAGGAGUUCUGGCACACGCCAUGUUCGUUCACGCCCGAAUCCCGUCUGGAGGCCCACCGCCACCUGGAGGAGAAGAAGAAGAAGAAGGAGAAGGAGAAGGAGAAGAAGCCGAAGGCCCCGAGGACGCUGAUCACUGCUGAUGGACGAGUCAUGAACGCCAACGAGCCGAAACUGGACUUCUCUCUGACUGAAGAUGAAGAAAGCAACAUGAUUGUGUUAAACCUGGAAGUGUACAGACACAUGGACACCUCCCUAAUCGACGUGGACAUCCAGCCGACGUACGCCAGAGUCAAAGUCAAAGGAAAGAUAUUUCAGAUGGUCCUGCCGGCAGAAGUGAAGCCCGACAGCUCGACAGCUCAGAGGUCCCAAACCACGGGACACCUGGUCCUCACCAUGCCCAGGGCUGAAGGUGAAAUCAAAGUGACAAAGACCGACCCACGUCCGCCAAGACCGCCGCGUCAGACCAGAUGCAGCAGCAGCAGCUCGCCUGGGGACAAUAAAAGAAGACACAACGUUCCUGAGAGGUUGGAGGUCGAUCCAAGCACGCACACGACCGUCGACUUCGCCAACAUCGUACGGUGCCAUGGCUCCAAAGAAGGUCCGCUGGAAACGUCCAGGAUGGCUCCGCCCACCGACACUGGUCAAUGCAGCUUCUCUGACGGGUUCGUGGACGACCCUGAUGUCCCCCCACUGGUUUAAGACUCUGAGACGUAGUAAUACUGACCGCUAAGGAGAGACGCGUCUGUUCUCUCAGCGUUUGUUUCUGAGGUUCUUCGAUCCCGUAGCCUUUAAAGUUAAAUGGUAAGUAGGCUGAUUUUAUCACAUCCACCAGGUUCAACACUGUGAAACCACUGAGAGUAGGAAUCAGAGAGUUCUAGAGAUGCUACCAGCUGUUUAUUGGACCUUUAGAUAACUUUCUGUUUCCUGUCACAGCUCACUAAAAGAGACAAUAAACCUUCAAACCACUGAUGACGUUUCACAGCUUUUAGCUUCUGCUGA